AUGCUGAUAGACGGCGAGAAAUACGCCUGCGAGGCCUGCGUUCGAGGCCAUCGCGUCAGCAACUGCCAACACUCUGAUCGACCGCUUCAACAUAUCAACAAAAAAGGUCGCCCCGUCUCGCAAUGCCAGCACUGUCGGAACAUGCGCAAGUCGCGCUCUGCACACAUCAAGUGCGACUGCGGCGAAAAGACGAGCAAGUGCGCGCACCUGCAGCAACCCGUCGAGGGGCACAAGGAGACCUGUUGCUGCAAUCAUGGUGGACGCUGCACCUGCUGUCACAAAAAGGAGCCGUCCCUCGACACGGUCCCCGAGUCCGACUCGGAUGGCGAGACGCCGAGCCUUGCCAUGCCCACGCGGCCCAAAGCCGCCGCCAGGAGACGACGAGCCAACACGGUUCACUCGGACGGCGUCCUGUCCUUUGACCAAAACGGCCACCACAAACCCACGGCCAAGCACAACCGAGCCGCCCAGAAAUGCGGGCCCUAUCAGCUCAACCGCGUCAACUCCGCCACGAGCACCAGCAGCCUCGGCGCAAGCUCCGAGAGCUUGUUCUACCAAGCAGGUUCCGAAGGCCAAUCGCUGGGCGGCCGUUCCAGGGCCGCGACAGCCCACGAGCAGCGCAGGGUCAAGUCCGAGACGGCUUCUCCUCUGAUGACCGGCUCCGCCUUUCCCCAGCUCAACGGCGCGCUGCCCCCACUUGAUCUGUCACGGAUCGAGUAUCCUGCCUCCUAUGUUGGCAACGGCACCUUUGAAAUGUUUGGGUCGGGACUCACUUCGGAGCACGAGGCCCCCAUGUACAGCGCCGGCUUGAGUGCGGCCUCGGUUGACUGGAGCCACUACGAUCUCGGAGAGUCAAAGGGCGACUUUGCCCCGUCGAGCUAUAGUCAGGCCGGUGCCCAGAGCUUCAGCGGCCUCUUCGACUUUGGAAGCGGCUCGGAGCAGCUUCCUCGCCUGGCCAAUACGACAUCGACCUCUGGCGACGUGUCCGAAGUCGAGGAUCUCAUGGGCAACGGAGACGGCGAUUUCGACGGCUUCAGUGCCGGGAGCAACGGCUUCCUGCGGCAGGGCAACUUAGUUGGCAAUUCGACGGACCUUAGUGGCAUCGAUUACGAUAGCUUCUACCAGAAAAACUCGGAAGGCACCAGCCUGCCCGCAACCACCAUUUCCAUGGUGGAGGAGGAUGCGGCCUUUUGGGUGCCCAACUACAACGAGGGCAUCGCAACCAUGGAUGAAAGCCCGGACCCCCUUGGCACCUCAUCUCUCGGCAACUUUUGGGAGGUUUGA